CUCACCACACCUACCUUGGAGUUUAGGAGUGCCAUUUGAAUGACAUCUAGUGUCAAAUUGUUGAAACAGCAUAUUCUUCUUCUUAUUAGUUACUUAUCAAUAACAACAUAUUGCGGUCCAUGCGAAAUAACCUGGUAUUGUAAUAUUUAACAAGCAGCCAGCUGAGUUUAAGUCAGAGCAUGUGAACCUUUGACUGAUCAACAUUUCUCGACCUUCUCAAAAUGGAUGGAUGUGAUGCCCAUCAUGACAUUCCAUACCUCAUUGGCAGCCUCCAGCGGACAUGCCCCAUCGUGACUAGCUACACCCAGUUAAAUCCUUGGGGAUGAAGUCAACCUUUACACCAAGAUCCGCCGUUUCAGCCCCUGAGUUUCACGUUGCAAAUUACUUCAGAGAUUUCUUUUAAAACGCCUUGAUAAAUAAAUUACAUAGUUCUGGUUGCAACAAUUAAUUCUUAAGGGGGAGGGGGAAGGGUCAGUAUUGUUUUGUGGGAGUCGGUUACAUUUAUAUAAAUCUAACGGUUUAAAGCGGUAUCGAUGCCGUGUCUUUUCCCGGAGCAUGUUCUACUGUGAAACAAAGUUGUAUGAGUUGGAUCCUAGCUGUGGACAGGGAGAGGCAAGGGGAAGGCCUCGGAGAGGAUUUGCAGUCAUGGCCGGGAAUUUUGAUGCGGAGGAUCGUGCUAGCUGGUACUGGGGAAGGUUGAGCCGACAGGAGGCGGUUUUCCUCUUGCAGGGUCAGAGACAUGGCGUGUUUCUCGUCAGGGACUCUAUUACCAGUCCCGGGGACUACGUGCUAUCCGUCUCAGAGAACUCAAAAGUAUCACAUUAUAUAAUCAACAGCAUCAGCAACAACCGGCAAUCUGGAUCAGGUUUGGCCCCUCCGCGGUUCCGCAUCGGGGACCAGGAGUUUGACGGCCUGCCCAUCCUUCUGGAGUUCUACAAGAUCCACUACCUGGACACCACCACGCUGAUCGAGCCCAUCAGCAAGGCCACGUACACUAGCUUUGUGAGCUGUGCCGCCACCGCCCCUCCCACUGCAUCGGGCAGCGCCCCGCAGGAGGCAGAGUUUGUUUGCGCCAUCUUCGACUUCCCCGGCAACGACGAGGAGGACCUGCCCUUCCGCAAGGGUGACGUGCUGCGUGUGCUGGAGAAGCAUGAGGAGCAGUGGUGGAACGCGGCUAACCAGGAGUGCCGCGCCGGCAUGAUCCCCGUACCCUAUGUGGAAAAGUACCGGCCCGCCUCGCCCACCUCGGUGGUGGGGGGGCCCGACGGUGCGGGAGGGCCGGCGGGUGUUGGGGGCAGCACUACGGAUGGAGCAGCGCCCCAGCAUCCCCCGCCUCUGGGAGAGCCAGGCCAGUAUGCCCAGCCCAUGGUCAACACUCCCCUGCCCAACCUGCAGAACGGGCCCGUCUAUGCCCGCGCCAUUCAGAAAAGGGUGCCCAAUGCCUACGACAGGACGGCCCUCGCCUUGGAGGUCGGAGACAUGGUGAAAGUGACCAAGAUCAACGUGAACGGCCAGUGGGAGGGCGAGUGCAAGGGCGAGUGCGACCACUUUCCCUUUACGCAUGUCCGGCUGCUGGACCAUCAACACUCCGAGGACGAGAGCUGAGACACACACAUACUUACAGACACACUCCUCACUUCACAUAAGUCCAAUCCAGUCCUCUGUGAUUUUCACCUAUGAUUGAAAAUAACACAUGAUAACACAUAUAAUAACACAUGAUUUACUGACUGCAGUGGUCAGAAGUUACAACUCAUUCGCUGCUGUUGCUAAUGUGUGUAAGAGAGAAUUUAUUUAGAUGAAGUUCUCACUCACACACACAUACGGAAUAUAAUUUACACUUCUACCCCAGUAUUGAAGUCCUGAUACAAUACACACACAGCAGAGUUUACACCCCCUCUCCCAUGUUUGGCAAGAAAUCGUCCUUUACACAUAUACACACGCAUUUGCCCGCACACACACACACACACACAUGCCCAGACGCUGGUGUAUAUGUGGCUUCUCUCAGACUCCUGGAUCACCCUUUUGUAGUACAGGACAGUGAAUCUAGGACCUCGAAGAGAAGAAUGGCCAUACUGACUCCUGAUUGACUCACUCUUGUGGAGAAAGACGCUCACUGCGACUGAAACGACCAUUGCUGCACUCCACAGAUAGAACAAGUUACCACAGGACAACCACCACAGGGGCCCUAACCAAGCCCCUCUGCUUCAAACCCCCAAGUACUCUUUUUGUACUGAAAUUAAGUGGAAAAUAUUAUGACAUAUGACACCAUUACAUACUAAAUAUUAUGUUAAAUGUUUUUUGUGUGUUUUUUUUACCCUGUGCAUGAUCAAGACCUUCACCGCCCUGUGUGAUCACUGACAUUCUGAAAUGCUAUGAUGACUGUGUCUUGUCUGGGGAGUAAGUGGAGACAUUCCUUAGGACUAAAGUAUGGGGCCUUUGUUCAGUCCACCUCAUUGUUGUGAGAUAUACAAUGGCCAGACAACGGCUUUGUAUAUUUAUAUACCAAGCGGAUAUAUUUGAACUCUCUCUCCUCUUACUUUGGUCUGCCCCGGUCCCCUCCUUUCCCAUCCUCUUGAUCUCCUCCUCCUGUCUCGUUCAUUUAUAAGAUGGUCCGAUCCAUUUCCUCCCGGCCUCCCCCAUGCCAAAGAUACUAGAUACACCUGCUGUGUUAGUGUUAAUGUGUUAGUGUAUACAAAGGCCUUUUUGGCAGGGGGAAUGUGUCAACAUAUUUAAAAUGAUUCAGAACCUCAUAUUGUCACAAUCAACACAAAGCCACGGCGUUAAUCCUUUGGUCUCUCCCCUCGUUUCCCUCCCAUGCGGACUGUAACAAACACAGUACAUACACGUUUUUAGGUGUACUAAAUUAAUUUCUGCCUGCUUCGUUUCAACUGGGAGCUCUGAGUUAGGUCUGGGUUGAGUUUGGUAAUGCACAGUGUUGAAAGUGUUUUUAAAGUUUUUGUAACAGAAAACAAUAAUGAAUGUUUCUUAUUGGACAGGUUCAGGUAGUACCUCCCCGUUUCAAAAUGCAUCUCCUCCCGCCUGAACACAACCAUAGUAAUUUCCCUAGAGUCUCUCCCUUGGUGCCAAUCUGUCACCCUCACCCAGUACCUACCCUCUGGGCUCAGCUAUGACACACAAAGCCACAAAGCCAUGUGGUGUCAUCAUAUGCUGAUGACACCACAUUGCUAAAGGACUGUGGGUGAAAGGCACACAGUCACUGGCCAAUCAUAGUAACAUGGGUGGGUGUGUGGACCAAUCGUAGGCAUAUGGGAGCGUUUUAGGCCAAUUGUUGUCAUUUAGGGAGAGCAUGUUUAUUUGUCCUCUACCUCAUGUCUGAAUUGUUUUAAUUUAUAUAGAUUUUUUUCCCUCAGAAAUAUGAAAAUAAGUGAUCUGAAGUGCCAUGCUCAGUUCAUCAGUAUUUUUGUGGAAAUGUUUUUUUUUUUUUUUUUUCAAGGAGCAAUGCUAGCAAAAACACUUUCCUUACUCCCUCAACUAUAUCCUGUGGUAUUUUGUAAAUAUGUGCCGGGAAUUAGCCUGCUAGGUGCACAUGUUUCACAAGAGAGUAAGAACCCCCCCUUCCAAGUCCAGGUCUAAUGAAGCUGCAAGGCUUUUUAAUAAUACUAAGUAAGCGUUAGACUAUUAACAAGCCCUAUGUAGAUGUUUGUUAAAGUUUACAAAGACAAUAUGGUUGCUCUAUUGAAAGAAACACUGAGGGCAACCUGCAUAACUUGCGUGACUGCAGCAGCAUUUUAUUUAUUUUAUAUAUUAUGAGACAAUGAACAGUAAUGUCUAAUGGUUUUAUGCUCUGUUUGUGAUAUAAACUGAGUUCAGUGACGGGAGGAGUAGUAUGGCAAGAGGAUUAUUGAACUAUGACUUCUACAGAAAGCACCAGUGUUGUGUUCAGUAGGGUACAAUGUAGCAAAAUGUUUUGCAAUGGGGGGGGGGGGAUCAGUGUUCUUAUUGGUCCAGUUCAGGUAGUACCUCCCAGUUUCACUCUGUCUUAAUGUUUUCUCCCUACUGAACAAGACCAGGGUCACUGCUAGAACCAACAGCCCUUGUCGCCCCUGUGUAAGAAUAUUUCAAAGCGUUUUGUGAAUUUGAAAUUAUGCUCUCUGUAAUUAGCAAUGACCAAGAAAGACUUGCACAAAUGAAUGAAUGUAACAAACUCAAACUGAAAAUGUGACAAACUGCAUGACAGUUCCCCAUUGCACAACAUUUAAUAUUGUUUUAUAAAGUCAAUACAUUGAUUGGGAAGGGUGCUGUGGACUAUUCAGACCCCUUCACUUUUUCCACAUUGUUAUGUUACAGCCUUAUUCUAAAAUUAUUUACAGGGUUUGUUCCUUAAUUUACACACAAUACCCCAUAAUGACAAGGCAAAAAUAUAUUUUUUUGCAAAUGUAUUAAACAUAUUAAAAAAACGUACAUUUACAUAAGUAUUCAGACCCUGUUGAAGCACCUUCGGCAGCGAUUACAGCCUCGUGUCUUCUUGGGUAUGACGCUACAAGCUUGGCACAUUUGUAUUGGGAGUUUCUCCCAUUCUUCUCCACAUAUCCUCUCAAGCUCUGACAGGUUGGAUGGAGAGCGUCGCUGCACAGCUAUUUUCAGUUCUCUCCAGAGAUGUUCGAUCGGGUUCAAGCUGGCUGGGCCAGUCUAGGGCAUCAGAGGCUUGGCCUGAAGCCACUCCAGCAUUGUCUUGGCUGUGUGCUUAUGGUUGUUGUUCUAUUGGAAGGUGAACCUUCACCCGAGUCUGAGGUCCUGAGCGCUCUGGGUCGCUCUGCACUUUGCUCCGAUCAUCUUUCCCUCGAUCCUGACUAGUCUCCCAGACCUUGUCGCUGAAAAAAAAUCCCCACUGCAUAAUGCUGCCACCACCAUGCUUCACCGUAAGGAUGGUAUUGGCCAGGUGAUGAGCGGUGCCUGGUUUCCUACAGACACGACACUUGGCAUUCAGGACAAAGAGUUCAAUCUUGGUUUCAUCAGACCAGAGAAUCUUGUUUCUCAUGGUUUGAGAGUCCUUUAGGUGCCUUUUGGCAAACUCCAAGUGGGCUGUCGUGCCCAUUACUGAGGAGUGGCUUCCAUCUGGCCACUCUACCAUAAAGGCUUGAUUGGUGGAGUGCUGCAGAGAUGGAAGGUUCUCCCAUCUCCACAGAUGAACUCUGGAGCUCUGUCAGUGACCAUUGGAUUCUUGGUCACCUCCCUGACCAAGUCCCCUUUCCCCCGAUUGCUCAGUUUGGCUGGUCGGCCAGCUCUUGGAAGAGUCUUGGUGGUUACAAACUUCUUCCAUUUUUAAGAAUGAUGGAAGCCACUGUGUUCUUGGGGACCUUCAAUUCUGCAGAAUAUUUUGGGUACCCUUUGCCAGAUCUGUGCCAUAAUACAAUCCUGUCUCGGCACUCUACGGACAAUUCCUUCGACCUCAUGGCUUGGUUUUUGCUCUGACAUGCACUGUCAACUGUGGGACCUUUUAUAUAGACUGGUGUGCCUUUCCAAAUCAUGUCCACCUUUGGUGAAUUCAAUUGAUUGGACUCCAAUCAAGUUGUAGAAACAUCUAAAGGAUGAUCAAUGGAAACAGGAUGCACCUGAGCUCAAUUUCGAGUCUCAUAGCAAAGGGUCUGAAUACUUAUAUAUAUAUAUAUAUAUAUAUUU